UUCUUAAAAUAAUUGCCUAAGUCAUUUUUUUUCAAAAAUGAUUUUUUUGCCUAAAUCAUCUCUUCAUGAUGCUGGCCACCUCUGGUAAAAUUGCCAACAUCCUCAAUUAAACAGAUCAUGCCAUUCUACCCCUUUUGUAUAAUUGCCUAUGUCAAGAGUGUGACUUAGGCAGUUUUAUUUUGCCUAAGUCACCAGACAAAUUGACUUAGGCAAUUUUAGAAGUUUUUCAAGAUAGCGGAUGAUUCAAGGAGAUGAAAAUUCUACACAGCUGCUGAUGCUAUUUCCAUGAUUCAGGACUCUUCCCAUGUUGGAGAUGUACUUGACAUUGAUGACACCAGUCUGUCCUCAUCUACUGAGGAUUACAAUGAGACCAUCAAUAAAGAGAUGAUGCAGCAUGUUGAUAAUGAUGCACCUUCUGCUCCCAUGGAUAAAGUGAAAGAUGCCAAGAAGACACAUCCACACUAAGAAGAGGCGAUAUCAAAUGAUGUUAGCAAUGAUGGUGAUGAUGUCAUUCAAGAUCCGGACUAUACCCCAACCUGUGAUGAGUCCUCCUCUCCUGAAGAUGAAAACAGCCUAUCUAUGGUGGCAACAACUGUAGAACAGCAGGAUGGGGAUGUUAAAUUGAAAGAUGCAGGCAAAAAGAAAAGACAUAAACACCUCAGUCCAAGAACAUGGAAGCAAAAUGAAUCCAAGCAGAAACAUCUGAAAGGAAUGUCAUACAAGAGCAAAAGUGGCAAAGAAAUAAGUGCAAAAACAAUGGGUCCUCCCUGCAACUCCAAGUUCUGUCAGCAAGUCUCAACUCAAGACUGCCAAGUCCUUACAGAAGAGCAGCAGCAGUGGGUAUUUGACAAGAUUUGGGCAAUGAACACCUGGGAAGAACAUCGGUCAUAUGUCACCACUUUGGUCACAAAGACUAGCAUGAAGCAAAAAAUAGUUACUGAGGGAUCCCGACGCAAUUCAUCAUUUUCCUACCAACUGAAGCUUGAAGAUAGAACAAGUGUUAAAGUGUGCAAGGCACUUUUUUCUUCUACACUUGGUCUCCCUGAAAGAACCAUUACAAAAUGGCUGGAUGACCCCAUCAACCCUGAAAAACAAGCAGAGGAGCCAUCAAAAUCUGGACCAAAAAGUGGCAAACACACAAAGGUGGAAACUGAUGUCAAGGAUUUCCUUAAGAACUGGUUGAGGGACCUGGCCAGUGUUGACUCACACUACUGCAGAAGCACAGCUACCUACAAAGACAAGAAGUUCCUUUACCAAGGCACAACCAUCUCCCAACUACAUCGUGAAUAUGGACAAGCAGCUGCAACUGCUGGAGUGAGAGCUGUUGGAAUCCAAUAUUUCACAGCUGUGUUCCAUGAGGAGAACUACUCCGUAUUUAUUCCAAGAAAAGAUCAGUGUGAUGUUUGUGUUUCAUUCAAACAUGGAAAUAUCAGUGAGGCUGCAUAUCACGCACAAGUCACCAAGAAGGAUGAAACCCAUCAUGCCUGUCGAGUGUCAUCACUUCUUUGACAAUUUGCCACACUAAUAGGCAUCACACAAGAACCCAGAAGAAGAGCUGGAAGGAGAAGUGCUGGAAGAAGUGGAAAAAAUGCACAUGCCUCCUGUUAGUUUGUGCUGUAAAAUUGCCUAGGUCACAAAGGCAUGUUCAAAAAUUUGCCUAAGUCAUUUAAUUCUGUCAUGUUCCAUGUUUGACUGACCUUGCUGUUUGUAUGUCAAAAGACAUCUGUUGUUACAACGUUUUUGAUUAAAAUUGUUUGGAAAUAUCAUUUAUUCAACAAAUGGUUCAGUUUUUUGUGUCUCCUGAAAAAUUGCAAAAAAUGACUUAGGCAA